CUGUAAGAAAGGGUUAUAAAGUUAGCACUUAUUUGAUCUGGAAUAAUGAGGUUUGGGAAAGAGGUUCGGUUAGUAUAGCUGUUAGGCUGGGCCCCAGGGUAGAGUCAGAAAUACAGACAAAAAACUUCCUGAACUGGGCUCCUGGGAUACCGCCGCCACCGGUCGGAGGACUCCCAUCAUACUUCUCUUUCGAAGGCUAGGACGGAUCGGGAUUCUGACGCGAGGCCUACUGGGAGGUGUAGUUCGUUAAUGGAAGGAAGUCACGUGGGGAAGGGGCGGUACUUGGCUACUGAGACCGAGUUAGAGGCGUCACGUGGGGCACUUCCUUCUUUUCCUUUAUCCGAGACGCAGGCGCAACUUGCUGCUGCUGCGGGGAUCCUUGUGACCCUUCCGGUCGGUACAGCCAAUCCGUGCACAGGGAAGCGGGGCGGACCGAGAAGAGCAGAGCCGAGGGAGCUCUGAGAGCCGCGGCCGCCGCCACUGCCGCGGCAGGGGCGUGGAGGGCAGGGGGCGGCCCUAGCCGAAGUUGCAAACAUGGCUCAAAGCAGAGACGGUGGAAACCCCUUCGCCGAGUCCGGCGAGCUUGACAACCCCUUUCAGGACCCAGCUGUGAUCCAGCAUCGACCCAGCACGCACUAUGCUACUCUUGACGUCUACAACCCUUUUGAGACCCGGGAGCCACCACCAAGCUAUGAGCCUCCUGCCCCUGUUCCGAUAGCUCCACCCUCAGCUCCACCCUUGCAGUCCUCAAGAAAACUCAGCCCCACAGAACCCAAGAACUAUGGCUCCUACAGCUCCCAGGCUUCAACUGCAGCAGCCACAGCUGAGCUGCUAAAGAAACAGGAGGAGCUCAACCGAAAGGCAGAGGAGUUGGACCGAAGGGAGCGAGAACUCCAGCAUGCUGCCCUGGGCGGCACAGCUACUCGACAGAACAAUUGGCCCCCUCUACCUUCUUUUUGCCCAGUUCAGCCCUGCUUUUUCCAGGACAUCUCCAUGGAGAUCCCCCAAGAAUUUCAGAAGACAGUAUCCACCAUGUACUACCUCUGGAUGUGCAGCACUCUGGCUCUUCUCUUGAAUUUUCUUGCCUGCCUAGCCAGCUUCUGUGUGGAGACCAGCAAUGGCUCAGGCUUUGGGCUCUCUAUCCUCUGGAUCCUCCUCUUCACUCCCUGCUCCUUCGUCUGCUGGUAUCGCCCCAUGUACAAGGCUUUCCGGAGUGAUAGUUCAUUCAAUUUCUUCGUUUUCUUCUUCAUUUUCUUCGUCCAGGAUGUUCUGUUUGUCCUCCAGGCCAUCGGCAUCCCAGGUUGGGGGUUCAGAUCCACUCUUUGUAUCGCCGCACAGGGGCCAGCUUUCAGAAGGCCCAGCAGGAGUUUGCAGCCGGUGUCUUCUCCAACCCUGCGGUGCGAACCGCAGCUGCCAACGCAGCCGCUGGGGCUGCAGAAAAUGCCUUCCGGGCCCCGUGACCCCUAACUGGGAUGCCCUGGCCCCGCCACUUGAGGGAGGCAACUAGCCCCCAUCCCUGAGGUCUCUGGGACUUUGAGACAUCACUGUUUGAUGUCUCCACUCUAGUACCCCCAAUCAUACAGCCAUGACUGCUGAACCUGACUUAAGGGUGUGGGGAGCCCAGUGUGACCCAGUCACUGCUUCCCUCCCACCCCUCGAUCAGGCCACACUGCUGCCACAACCACACACCCCGACCCGCUUCCCUCUGCUGUGCCAAGGCUGUUGCUUCGGUUAUUUAAAUAAAGAGAAAGUGGAACUGGAACACAAA